AUGGAUUUUGAAACGCUUUAUUCUCCUUAUUUUGUGAUGGAUCCAAAUUGGUUUGUUGAAGAGAGUCAUAACACAGAAUGGAGUAGAGAAGAUAACAAGAAGUUUGAAAGUGCUCUUGCCAUAUAUGAUAAGGAUACACCAGAUAGAUGGUUGAAGAUUGCUGAGAUGAUUCCUGGUAAGACUGUUUUUGAUGUGAUUAAACAGUAUAGGGAAUUGGAAGAAGAUGUGAGCGAAAUCGAAGCUGGUAAUGUUCCGAUUCCGGGUUAUCUUGCUUCUUCUUUCACCUUUGAAGUUGUUGAAAAUCAGAACUAUGAUGGAAAUAGAAGAAGACAUGGAAGUGUGAGAGGUUCUGAUCAUGAGAGGAAGAAAGGUGUUCCUUGGACCGAAGAAGAACACAGACGUUUUCUGAUGGGACUUGUAAAGUACGGGAAAGGCGACUGGAGAAACAUCUCUCGAAACUUCGUUGUGACGAAGACUCCGACGCAAGUAGCAAGUCAUGCACAAAAGUACUACAUAAGGCAAAAGGUAUCUUCGGGCGGGAAAGAUAAAAGAAGACCAAGCAUUCAUGAUAUAACAACUCUAAGCCUCACAGAAACUUCUUCUGCAUCAGAUAAGAACAAGCAGAAAAUGUGCUGGAAUAGUAAUAAUCACUACAAUGAUGGAUCACUUCAAGGGCAAGAUCUCUAUGACUGCUCCUUUCAUAAAUCUUAUGCUUCUAGAGACUUCAACAAAGGAGCUGUUUUUGGUAUUCAUGCACUUUAA